ACAUCUAUGUACUAUGCAAUAAAGAAAGUAAACAAAUAAAAACGAUUUCGAGUUUUCAGAGGAGCAUUAGGUCAAUGUUUUAGCUUAUAUUUUAAUAGUUAUUUGUCAGUUUUAAUAAUGAUGUGCGAAUAAUUUAUAAAAUGGGUGUACCGAAAUUUUUUAGAUGGAUAAGUGAGCGGUACCCUUGCUUGAGUGAAUUAGUGAAGGAGUUUCAGUUGCCUGAAUUUGACAACUUAUACCUGGAUAUGAAUGGCAUCAUCCACAUGUGCUCCCACCCUAACGACUUCGACCCUCAUUUCAGAAUAACAGAAGAGAAAAUUUUCAAGGAUAUAUUUCAUUACAUUGAGGUUCUCUUCCGCAUGAUCCAGCCUCAGAGGUUAUUUUUUAUGGCUGUAGAUGGAGUUGCUCCCAGAGCUAAGAUGAAUCAACAGAGAGGACGAAGGUUUCGUUCAGCCAAAGAAGCAGAAGUAUUAGAAAAGAGGGCAAAGGAGAGUGGGGAAGAGCUGCCGUCAGAAGAGCGCUUUGAUUCAAACUGCAUUACACCAGGAACGGUGUUCAUGGCUAGACUUCAUGAACAGCUCAAGAACUUCAUUGCCUUCAAAAUAUCUACAGAUAGACUGUGGCGGAACUGCAAAGUGAUUCUGUCAGGUCACGAGACUCCUGGAGAGGGGGAGCACAAGAUCAUGGACUACAUCCGCUACAUGAAGAGCCGGCCGGACUACGACCCCAACACUCGGCACUGCCUGUACGGCCUUGAUGCCGACCUCAUCAUGCUAGGGCUGUGCACCCACGAGCCACACUUCGCUCUGCUGCGCGAAGAGGUUAAAUUUGGGAAACAAAACCAAAAACGAAUAUCAACGCCUGAAGAAGCUAGCUUUUAUCUACUCCACUUGUCCUUGCUAAGGGAAUAUUUAGAAAUGGAAUUUGGAGAACUCAAAGAGAAGUUGCCUUUUGAGUUCAACUUGGAGAAUAUAAUUGACGACUGGGUUCUGAUGGGGUUCUUGGUUGGAAACGACUUCAUUCCGCACUUGCCACUGAUGCAUAUACAUGAAGGUGCGCUUCCCAUUCUGUACAAGGCCUACAUCAAUGUGCUGCCUUCUCUGAAUGGUUACCUCAAUGAAGGUGGGACUCUGAACCUGCAGGGGUUUGAGAAGUACAUGGAGAAGUUGUCAGAGUACGAUGUGGAGCAGUUUCAAGAGACUUUAGCAGACCUCAAAUUUUUCGAAGGGAAAACUGGUCGUCGCCCAAAUGAGACCAAACGCCACAGUUACAAACCAAAUGGUCUUCAUGACAAGCUGGAACUAGAUGCUCUUAUUGAGAACACAAACAACAUGUUUAUUUCGAGUGACGAAGAUGAAGAAAGUGAGGGAAGUGAAUAUGAACAGAAGAAUUUUAUGAUGGAGUUCUCUGAACAUAAGAAGUCAUAUUACAUGAACAAACUGGAGUAUGAAAGUGUUGAUAGUGAGGUAUUGAGGCUACAAGCAGAAGGUUUCAUACGAGCUAUACAGUGGAAUUUGAACUAUUAUUAUAAUGGUGUGUGCUCAUGGUCUUGGUUUUACCCUCACAACUAUGCCCCAUACAUUUCUGACAUUAAGAAUUUCACGAAUCUGAAGCUGGACUUUGAAAUGGGCAAACCAUUUCUUCCAUUUGAGCAACUUCUUGCGGUUCUACCAUCUGCCAGCAAGAAUUUGCUUCCAGAGCCGUAUCAUCAUUUAAUGGUCGAUUCAAAUUCGCCCAUAAUUGAAUAUUAUCCUAAAGAAUUUAAAACAGACUUGAAUGGAAAGAGACAGGAAUGGGAAGCUGUUGUUCUCAUACCUUUUAUUGAUGAGGUGGUGCUGCUGGAGGCCAUGAAGUCGUGCAAUGGCCAGCUGACGGAAGAGGAGAAGCAGCGCAACACUCAUGGGCCAAUGCUUAUUUACACGUACACAGGAGAAGAUCUAGGUGAAUGUCCUGUGCCGGAGUGCUUCCCUCGAGUGGGCAGCUGCCACGCAGCUAUGGAGGCUGUGUUCAGAGAGGACAUUCUUUUGGAGAGGCACAAGCUGGUAAAGGGACUUUGUCCCGGCGCUUUGCUUGACGUAUACUUCCCCGGCUUCCCCUCCUUCAAGCACCUCAAAUUCUCAUAUUUCCUGCAUAAAGGUCGGACCAUGGUGUUUGAACAUCCCAGCAGAGGUGAAAACAUGAUAGUGAAAAUUGUUCAAAAAGACUCCCCAACACUGGAAGAAGUAGCGAAGGAGAUUCUUGGGGAGAGCAUUUUUGUUGGAUGGCCUCACUUGUUCGAAGCUAAAGUUGUUGCAGUGUCGAACAGAGAUGUGUACUGCAGACUGCUGGAUGAGUCAGCCCAGCUGCACUCCAGCAGUACUAACAGCCGGUUUAUAAUGGAGAAUAUGGAUGAAGUUUUGAAGACAAGGUGGAGAAUGGACAAGUCUGCCGUGCAGAGUAGAUACAUUAAUAAACUGGCUGUUGAUAUAGGUGAAACAGGAAUAAUUGUCCAUGCUACAAAUAUGAUUGGGCGAAAAUAUGUCUACGGUGCUACAGGCAAGAUCACAGCAGAGAAAAAGUGGUGUGAAGUGCCAUCAGUGUAUGCUUUCCAAACAACUGUCAAGGACAUUGCAGUCUGCAACCCUAGCUUUGUGCAGUUCAAGACCUUGGAGGAGUUGUUUCCACCCAAGACUGUGUGUUUCAUGAUUGGUCCCCCUCACUACGGAGCAAAGGGAGAGGUUAUGGAGAAUGUCAAUGUUCAACAAGGAAGGAUCAAGGUGAAAAUGUCGGUGACUCAAGAACCAGACCUUUCCGCCCUGGAAAAGCUACAUUUAAAAAAUUUCCAGUCAUUUAUGAACAGUAACACAGCAGCCCAGAAGCUGGGCAUAUCUGCUCACCUGCUGUCACGGGUCACCGGCUCCAUCUUCGUGGCCAGGGGCGUGGAGGGUAGUAACCCUGAGUCUCAGAAGAAGUUCAACAUCGGCCUUAAUCUCAAGUUCAACAAGAAGAAUGAAGAAGUCCCAGGCUACACGAGGAAGGAUGGUCAAGUGUGGUUGUACUCACAUAAAGCUGUAGAACUGGUCAAAGACUACAUACACGAAUUCCCAGAACUGUUUGAAUAUCUUGCUCAGAAUACUGGCAAUGAUGUCUUCUAUGAAAACCAGCUGUUCCCUGAAGGGUCUAACAAGACUGCAGAAAUAGUCAACUGGUUAAAAGAGCAGCCAUACUCUAAAGCUGAACAUUUGCCUUGUGGUUCUGACAUGGUUGAUGAAGACAUAGUUCGAAAACUCGAAAAUUUGGUGGAAAAUUUCUAUAAAGCAAACUUGGUUGGAAAGAGUAUUACAAUGUGUGUUAAACCACACGUCCUCUAUAAGGAUGGAAUUCAGUGGGGAACGGUACCUCCCGACCCAAAUGCAAACCACAGGCUGUUUGAUCGUAUUGUCAAUGUGCGAGACAACCACACUAUACCAUUGGGCUACAAGGGCACCAUAACAGGUAUUGCCAUGUCAGAAAAGGAGGAGGAUGUGCUCUACCAGAUACUGUUCGACAGGGAGUUCGAAGGCGGCCUGACCUUCAACAGCUGCGGCUCUAGGGGCUACAAGCUGCCGGCUCGCAGCCUGCUGAACCUCAGUCACGGCCAGAGACUGGAAAACAAGAACAACAAGCCUGUCACCAUUGUGCAGCACGCUGGGAGAGCAGGGCAGAUAAACGGGUCGCAAGCUGAUCAGCAAAAUUUGCAUAUUGGUCAUGGAUCUCCUAAUCGACCUGGAUCUGCAUUUGCUAGCUGGAAUGUUAGCCAGUUGAAUGGCUCCCAUGCGAACCAUGGCCGUCAGGGUCUGUAUAAUGCUUCUACCAAUGGAUCCUGGCCGUCCCCACCGAUUUGGAACCAUUCUGUGGCCUUCAAGCAGCAGCAUUACCAACCCCAGCAGCUGUACACCCCGCGGCCCGGCAGGCCGGCCGAGAUCGACUACCAGGCCAUGUGGAGUCAGCUCAAGGUUGGCAAGCCUUCGACAGCAGUGCCCACAGCUCCAUCUCGUGGCCCUGGCUCACCGUGCACACCUGAACUUCCCCCUGACGUUGGUGUUUCAGAAAAAGAAAGCUUCUUGAACAUGCUCCGGUCGCCUGAAGUGCAUCAAAAGCAGCAGCAAGAGAUCCAGAAUGUGUCUGUGAAACAGCUGUUUGAGCAGGCAGCUCGAGCAAACUGUGUCCCGAAAGAGCCCCAGAAUUACUGUAUGCAGCUUUUAACACUUUGUCAACAAAAAGGUUUGGGCAUUCCUAUUUACAACUACUCGAAAAAUCCAGCAGAUGGCAGUGAAAGAGCACAUGUGAAGUUGCCUGGGAAACAAACAUUCACUGGCGAUGCAGUCACACAAGUACAGGCGGCAGAGAAGGCCGCGUGUGCUGCCCUGCGCCACAUGGCAACACUGGAGCAGUCUCCAGGUGGAAGGGCCAGGCAAGGCCGUCUCUCGCAGCUGCCAACGCCACCACAGCAGUGGUGCAGUGUCACUAACCCCACCACGCUGGCCACCAAACAAGGCAGGCAAUGUUCAGCUAUGGAGCCUGAGUGGCGUAGAAGAGCUGCCAAUGCACCGAGCUUGUUGGAUCAGCAGAAGGGCCAGCACCAGAGCUUCCCUGGGACCACGUCCCAGCUCCCGCAAGGACCGCCAGUGAGCGUGCCUCCGUUCCACCGCAGACAACCGCUGCAUCAGCCGCACCCGAGCUGGCGUGCCAGGCCGCAGCCGGAGGAGCUUCGAAAGGCAACGGGAUCGCUGGGAUCUCCAUUCGUGCCACUACAGGCCGUCAAGCAGCGCAGCAAGCUGCCGUCGGGAGGUGUCGUCCAGCACAGCAGUCCUGCCACCACGUCUGACAGCAAGCAGCAGCCCCAGCCGGGCGGCCUGCCCACGCCGCCGUUCACUUCUAGCUCCGCACCCAAGGAUUCGUCUUCGCCUGCUGUAAAACCUGUCACACCAAAGCCUCUAGUUCCAAAACCAAAAAAAUCAAGAAUUGCUGCCAACUUUAAUAUUGAUGAAAAAAGUUGUAAGAAGUAACAGUAUUUCAAGUUAAAAAUAAAUUGAAAUACAAAACAUGUGUAUUGAUUCCAAUGGAAUUAAAUCACUGUAUUUUUUAGGUAUUAAUGGCUUAUUUUGUCUGUAAAUAUACUUUUAUGAAAAAAAACCAAUGAAGUUCUGUUAAGGGCACAAAGAAAUUUGCAUUGUUAAAUGGUUUUAUUGUUUAUAAAAACAAAGUGAGUUUUAAUUCAAACUUUGAUUGUUAAAAAUAAGGUUUUGAGAAUUGUAACUGUGUAUCAUUAACAUAACUUUUACAACAAUUGUGCUGUUUCAGCAGUAUGGAUCUAGGGUUUGUGUUCAAAUCCUUUCGUAAGCUCAUCAUUAUUAAUGUCACUGGUCGAAGAUUUAACUUGUGAAGCAUACAAAGGACUGAACUUAUACUGUAUUUAUUACUGCAGUAUCACUUGAGUUUUGUGUGUCGUAAUAAAAACUUAUAUUUUUUA